AUGUCGACUCAGGAAUCCGCCAAAACACUCUAUUUGGUGGCCGAGGGCACCAAGUACGCAUACCGAAUCAUCGGCAAUGCGAGCGGGGGCUCUCCACCUCUCCUAAUGCUCAACCACGUUCGAUCAACCAUUGACACUUGGGACCCUCAAGUUAUCAACAACCUCACCGCAAGCGGUCGUCAGCUCAUCACCUACGACUAUGCCGGGCUUGGUCAUAGUGGCGGCAACAUUGCGCCCAGCAUUCGGGCUUUUGCCAUCAACUUGCUCGCUUUCCUCAAUGUCCUCCUGCCGACUCUUCACGCUAAAGAGGUCGAUGUACUUGGCUUCUCCAUGGGCGGCUACAUUGCUCAGCAGCUUACUCUCGACGCCCCUGACAUCGUGCGCAAGCUGGUUCUCGCAGGUACUGGUCCUAGCCUUGGUCCUAAUCUGGAACGCCCCAUGAACGAGGUUCAAUCCACUGUCUUCAACCCAACCCCUGGUCCACCUACCAUCGAAGCCUUCUUUCCCUCGUUCACUACCGGCGAAGAGGGCCUCGCAUGGUUCAACCGGAGCACCCAGUCACGAGCCGGCGUUGCUGGCAAGAAUGGCGAGCCCGAAAUUGCUCAGUUCACCACCGGGGACGACCUUGUCAAGCUCACUCAGGCAUACCUGACUUGGGAUGCCGAUCCCGUCCCUUACGCCCUCCUCCAGACCAUCUAG